AUGGCUGCUGCUUUUUUCUCUGAAGAAAUAGUUUUUGAAAUUCUAAAACGGCUGCCAGUAAAAUAUCUUCUCCGGUUUAGGUCUGUUCAGAAAUUAUGGUAUCACCUUGUACAAACUCCCUACUUCAUCAACCUUUACUCUCAAAAUCGAAACCAUAAAAAUAAGUAUCUUCUUUUUCACGGUUUUUAUCCACCUCGUGUCUCUUUACGUUUUGAUGAUAGACAAUGUAAAGAAUAUUGUCCCCUGCGAUUUCCUAAAGACAUGCCCGACUACUCAGAUUUAUGUACAUAUGGGACGUCGAAUGGUCUAAUAUGUCUGUUCAGCUUCAAGGUGCACAAGAUUUAUCUUUGAAACCCCGUUAUUGGAAAAUAUAUAAUUCUUCCGGUUUCUCCCAUACCUUAUGAGGAUCCAAGCCGAGUCUUUGAUGUAGGUUUAGCUUUUGGAUAUUUGGACAAGAUCAAUGACUACAAAGUAGUCAAAAUUGUGAACUAUUUACCCAGGCGAGAAGAAUCUCGGCAUGGAUUAGCUUGUGUGGCCUAUGUUUAUAGUCUGAGCACAAAUAUUUGGAAGCCCUUAAGCAAAGACAAAUUUGCGGGACUCUCAUUUAACAACUUAUCGGAUUCAGUAGUUUUAAAUGGCUUUGCUUAUUGGGUGGUGACUAGAGGCCUUUAUAUGAACUUUAUUCUUUGUUUUGACAUGGAGAAUGAGAUAUUCCGAGAAAUUAUGAUGCCACAAGAUUCUACAAAUACUACCGAUGAUACUGUUACGCUUGUUCAAGAAUGUGGUGAACUGAUUUCUCUUUUCUACUUCAACCAGUCAACAUAUAUACUUGACAUAUGGCUACUAAGGAAAGAUGGAGACAUAAACGACGUUUGGACAAAGAAAAUUACUCUUAAUCUAGGUGAAAUUGUUCGAUGGAAGAUGGUGGCCUAUAGGUUUCAGGGGUAGGGAUGAGAUGGUACUAGUAAAUAUCGAGGAAUGUGCCUUUUUGUCCUAUGAUCUUGAGAAGGACGAGGCGACAGAUAUGGUAGAGGAUUCAUCGGAUUUAGGGUCUUUAAGAGUUAUUCACAAUGUUUAUAAAGGUUUCAGUUAUCAUACAGAUGGUGCUCGCCCUUUGCACAUAAAUCUUUUCCAAGAGAAUUUGAUGUUUCUCGAUGAUGACCAAUAAAGUUGGAUUGCAGACCAGCCAAAAUACAUGGAGGCCAGAAUGAAAAACUUUCUACUCUUACUUAGUAUAAAGGUCUUAUUCCUUAAAAUUUCAUUUAUGUAUUUCUCUUGCUAAUAUAAUUUUCAGGUGGAACAGUUUCUAAGACAUUUUACAAUUUUUGUUUUGUUUAGCUCAAGGACAAUGUCUUCCCUCUGUUUUUUCGGACCGAACUGCAUAAUACUGGAUCUAUAUUUGAACAAAUCAAAUGACUGUAUAUGCGAGUUUUAUAUGCAUUCCCUAUGUUAUCUAGUUUGCCAUGCAUGCUUGAUCAUAUAUUUCAACACUGAUCAGUAUCCUUCACUUCCUCAUCUAUCCAGAUUACCAUAUGUACUUCCGGCUUUACUAGUUAACAGUUAACACAAAUGCUUG